UUUUCGUUCUUUGAAUUAGCUAAUUCUAUUCAUUUAAAUCUUUUGAUUAUUAAUAUCUUAAUUUGUAUAUAUUUUUAUUAAUAGAUUCGGCUCUUCUGAUAUGCGAGGCGUCUCCCAACGUUCACCUACAAGAGCCGGCUCAUAGAGCCGACUCGUUCGCGAACGACCCAUCACUAGUCGGAUGACAUACUUCUGGUCGCCACCAGAGGGAGCACCACUUGUUGGGCAAUUUGGCAACAUCUUUCCUUUAUAGCUGCUGUCACGCUGUCAAGUCACCGGCGCCCAAGUACUGACUGAACGGUCUAAAACAUGAAGAUCUGGACAUCAGUACACAUAUUCAACCACCCGUGGGAGACAGUGACCAAGGCGGCAAUGCAGAAGUACCCCAACCCCAUGAACACUGGCGUGGUAGGGGUGGACGUGUUGAACAGACACGUGGACACACAGGGUCGGCUAUGCAGCAACAGACUGCUCAGCACAGAGUGGGGACUGCCCUCCUUGGCCAAGACUCUCAUUGGUAUAACACGAACAAACACAUACAUCCAGGAACAUUCGGUGGUAGACCCCAAGGAAAAUACCUUUGAGCUACAAUCUACAAAUAUUUCAUGUACUAACAUAGUAUCUGUGGACGAAAAGUUAACAUACAGGCCACAUCCGCAGGAUCCCGAAAAGACCAUACUGACACAAGAGGCACUGAUCUCUGUGAAAGGAAUUAGUCUGAGCAGUUACCUGGAGGGGCUCAUGGCCAAAACCAUCUCAGCAAAUGCAGGCAAAGGACGAGAGGCGAUGGAGUGGGUCAUCAGGCGGUUAAACACAGAGAUCGAGGAGCUGGCAGCGACUGCACAGGCCACAAUCCGCAUCCCCAUGGCAGCAGCAGUCACAGAGAAAUGAUCAUCCUCCAUCUCAAUGGACCUCAGACAUUUCCCCUGAAAGGGGAGACCCACCUUAUCUGCCAGCACAGCCACCUCCUGUAUUGGUCCACUCAUCUUCUGUCACAAGAACGCACGAUUCCCUCAGCGGACUGUCUUUACAAGCAGGGUACAUGCUGUUGGGUACACAGAGUGAAGCUGAUGACAUUGAACAUGGUGGAGCCAAGUUGCAUUUGAGGCUCAUGGGAUUUGUAGUCUAACGUUUUCAAUCACACCGUGCCUAUAGGUCAUCAAGUUUCUAUUUUUUCUCCCCGUCUUUUUUCUAUUGUUAUUCUAUGGUCGGCUGUCUAACAGGUUUACUCUGGCACUUGACCAUUCCAUUUAACAUCAUUCUAUGUUGCCUAUGCAAGCCAUGUACUUACCAAUCUUAAAAAGGCUAUCAGUCAUUUUCAUGGAACUGUUCUCUUACUGAGAAGAUAAAAUAAUAUAUUUUUAUACUUG